UGGUAAUGCUUCUCUUAGAAUAUAAUGCUGAUACUACCGUGGUAAAUGGGAAUGGACAGACAGCAAAAGAAGCAUCUCAUGACAAAGAAAUCAGAAAUAUGCUUGAAGCUGUAGAAAGGACUCAACAAAGAAAGCUUGAAGAAUUACUUUUAGCAGCAGCAAGAGAAGGCAAAACAGCAGAAAUCACAGCUCUGCUCAGCAGACCCAAUCCUCCUGAUGUUAACUGUUCGGAUCAGUUAGGGAAUACACCUUUGCAUUGUGCAGCCUACCGGGCCCAUAAGCAGUGUGCCAUAAAGCUUCUGAAAAGUGGAGCUGACCCUAACCUAAGGAACAAAAAUGAUCAAAAACCUCUUGAUCUUGCCCAGGGUGCUGAAAUGAAACAUGUUCUUGUUGGUAAUAAGGUCAUCUACAAAGCACUGAAACGAUAUGAAGGCCCUCUCUGGAAGAGUUCAAGAUUUUUUGGCUGGAGAUUAUUCUGGGUAGUGUUAGAACAUGGAGUCCUUUCAUGGUAUAGGAAACAGUCUGAUGCCAUCCAUAAUGUUUAUCGCCAGGGAUGCAAACACUUGACACAAGCAGUGUGCACGGUGAAAUCCUCUGAUAGCUGCCUCUUCUUUAUCAAAUGCUUUGAUGACACUAUUCAUGGCUUUCGAGUUCCUAAGAAUGCACUUCAUCAGUCAAGAGAGAACUGGCUGGAAGCAAUUGAAGAACAUUCUGCAUACAGUACCCAUUACUGUUCCCAAGACCAGUUGACUGAUGAUGAAGAAGAUGAUGCAGUUUCUGCUAUAGACUUGAAGCAAUCCAUACAGAAAGCACAAACAUGUCAACAGAGACUUGAUAGGGAAAUUUCCAGCUUUCUUAAAAUGAUUAAGGAAUGUGACAUGGCUAAAGAAAUGCUUCCAUCAUUUCUUCAGAAAGUUGAAGUUGUCUCUGAAGCUUCUAGAGAGACUUGUGUAGCUUUGAGUGAUUGCCUUAAUAUCUUCACUAAGCAAGAAGGGGUGAGGAAUUUAAAAUUGGAACAGGAGCAAGAAAAAAACAAAAUUUUGUCAGAAGCACUGGAAACUCUAGCCACUGAGCAUCAUGAAUUAGAGCAAUCUCUGGUUGAAGGCUCCCCACCUCCCAGCAUCCUUAGUGAGGACGAGUUCUAUGAUGCGCUGUCAGAUUCUGAGUCCGAGCGGUCCCUGAGUCGAUUGGAAGCAGUGACAGCCCACUCCUUUGAAGAGGAAGAAGAACACUUGAACAGUGGAAAACACAGAAUGUCUGAAGGAAAAGACUGUGGUGGUGGAGAUGCUCUCUCUAAUGGCAUCAAAAAGCACAGAACAAGCUUGCCCUCUCCUAUGUUUUCCAGAAACGACUUCAGUAUCUGGAGCAUCCUCAGGAAGUGUAUUGGAAUGGAACUGUCCAAGAUCACCAUGCCAGUUAUAUUUAAUGAGCCUUUGAGCUUCCUACAGCGGCUAACGGAAUACAUGGAGCAUACUUACCUCAUCCACAAGGCCAGUUCAUUAUCGGAUCCUGUGGAAAGGAUGCAGUGUGUAGCUGCAUUUGCUGUGUCUGCAGUUGCUUCUCAGUGGGAACGCACUGGAAAGCCAUUCAACCCACUUCUGGGAGAAACUUACGAAUUGGUCCGAGAUGACCUUGGAUUCAGACUAAUUUCGGAACAGGUCAGCCAUCACCCACCAAUCAGUGCAUUUCAUGCAGAAGGACUAAACAAUGACUUUAUCUUUCACGGCUCAAUCUAUCCAAAACUGAAAUUUUGGGGGAAGAGUGUAGAAGCAGAACCCAAAGGAACCAUCACCUUGGAGCUCCUUGAACACAAUGAAGCAUAUACGUGGACCAAUCCCACUUGCUGUGUGCAUAAUAUCAUUGUUGGUAAACUCUGGAUUGAGCAGUAUGGCAAUGUGGAAAUCACAAACCACAGGACUGGGGACAAAUGUGUGUUAAAUUUUAAGCCAUGUGGCCUUUUUGGUAAGGAAUUACACAAAGUUGAAGGCUACAUACAAGAUAAAAGCAAAAAGAAGCUAUGUGCCCUCUAUGGGAAGUGGACGGAGUGUUUAUAUAGUGUUGAUCCUGCCACUUUUGAGGCUUACAAAAAAAAUGACAAGAGAAACACUGAAGAGAAGAAGAACAGCAAACAGAUGAGCAACUCUGAGGAAUCUGAUGAAAUGCCAAUGCCAGAUUCUGAAAGUGUGUUUGUUAUUCCUGGAAGUGUUCUUCUGUGGCGAAUAGCACCGCGGCCUCCCAAUUCUGCCCAGAUGUAUAAUUUUACUAACUUUGCAAUGGUUUUGAAUGAAGUAGACAAGGAAAUGGAAAGUGUGAUUCCUAAGACAGACUGCAGAUUGCGGCCAGACAUCAGAGCCAUGGAGAAUGGAGAGAUAGAUCAAGCUAGUGAAGAAAAAAAAAGACUUGAGGAAAAACAAAGAGCAGCUCGCAAAAACAGGUCCAAGUCAGAAGAGGACUGGAAGACAAGGUGGUUCCAUCAAGGUCCCAAUCCCUACAAUGGAGCCCAAGACUGGAUUUACUCUGGAAGCUACUGGGACAGAAACUACUUCAAUUUGCCUGACAUUUAUUAAAAUGCAGACAAGUCAGGUUGUUUGGCUAAUCCACAAAUAAGUCUUAAAUUUAUGUUUAAAAAUUUUUCUCCCUUAGUUUCUCAUCUUAAAAAAAAAUUGUUCACAAGCUAACUUGCAUUCUCAUAAGAUAGGACAUACGGUGAUCAUGAAAGCCUCAGGAAAAAUGUCUAAUUUUGCUGUCCAUAUACAUUUGGAAUACUGUUUUACAGAGAGGUAAGAGAAAAGGUCCCUUUUCUGGUUGCAGUUGCCAUAUUUACUGGAGGUUUAUAUGUAAAUUUAACUUUAGCCUUAUAGAAUUACAUACAACUCCCAAACCCAAAAUAUUUUCAAAUAUUUUAUGCUGUUAUGCUUAUAUGUUUUAGAAGUAACUUUGAAAUGUUUCUAGUUCUCCUAUGUUUAUAUGCUCAAAUGUAAAGGUUGUCAUUUGUAAAGACUAAAUUAUUGAUUAGAUGGCUUUAUUCAUAUUAAUCUCAAUUUUACCCCUUCAAAAGAAAACUACUUGAAUAUUCAGAUUUUCCCAAUACCGGAAAAGGUAUUUUGUUUUCAUGCUCUGAAGAAUUUGCUAUAACAAUUUUCUGCAGUUGUCACUAGGAUUAAAACAUUUAUUUUUAAGUGAAAAUAUGUAUAAAAUCUAGCAUUUCACAAACAUGUCCUAGAAAUAUUUUAGUCACUAUCAUUAUUACAUAAUGACAAACCUUUUAAAAUGUGUGAGCUUACAGUGGCAAAUGCCAGAGAAAUUAAGCUAACUCAUGUAUUAUAUCAAAAGGAGGUCUUGUGCAUUUCAAGGUACCUGGGUACUUAAAAAUAUAUAUGGAGACCUACUGUACAGUAGUUUUUGCCCCUAUAAUUGGGGUUCAUUAAUCAUAGUAUUUAUCUACCCAGACUGAGAUAGUGCUCAAGGAGCCUUACUUAGGUAGCUGCCAGUAAAUUGCUAUCUUGAAGUUAACACGUGUUAUAAUGAAAUAAUCUGAUGCUAAAUAAAGGCUUUAGAAUGUUCCCCAAAA